AAAUAAUCGAAAUAUGGGACAACACUUGCGGAAGAAAUGGGUUGCUUUUUUAAGUUGAAAAAUGGAAGAGAGAAGGAGAUAGCAGGAGAAGCAGAGCGAGAGAGCGCCCCUCUGGAGUCGACCUUUGGAGUACGCGACGAGGGAGAUUUUGCUGUGUUCUUUUCUGCUGAAGAACAUAACGUCAAUGGCUUCACCAAAUGUUGGACAAGAUGUCACUCUACACGAGCACUAUAUGUUGGGUGAUGGGAAGGGAAUUGAGAGUGUGGAAAAAAUUGAAGUUAAGAUCCCAGUAGAUUCGGCUUCUGAGAAUGUUGUAACUGAGAAGAUCGAGGAAACACCUGCUGUUACAAAAGAAGCCACAGAAGCUGCUCCGACUGCAGCUGAAGAAAUUAUUGAGGUCACCUCUGCUGCAAGUCAGGAAGCUACUCCUGCUGCCAAAGACAUCAGUGAAGCUACCCCAGAUGCUGCUGAAGAAAGCAGCAACAAUGUUGAAGAGGAAAACUCGGGUGAUCAAGAAGUUGAACACACAUCGGAAAUAAAACUUGAGACAGCACCAGCAGAUUUCCGUUUCCCGAGUACCAACCAAACAAGGCAUUGCUUUACCCGUUACAUUGAAUAUCAUCGGUGCACUGCAGUAAAGGGGGAAGGGGCUUCUGAGUGUGAUAAGUUUGCAAAAUUUUAUCGUUCUCUUUGUCCUGCUGAAUGGGUACGUAUAUUCAUGCUUUUGCAUGUUAAUAGAACCAUACAUGCUUUCUUCUUAGCCUCUUAGGAAAUUUUAUAAUUGUAUCCAUGGCAUUAGCUAUAUUUCUUGUUCAUUUUUCUGCCCAAAGGGAAGGUAUAUUAAAUUACUAAAUGCUUGUUUGGAUACACUUCAUAUGUUUUUUAAAUAGUAAAUAGUAAUUACUACUAUAUAAAAUAUAAUAACUCUUAUAUAAAAAGUAUGAACUUAUGUCCUAUCUUUUAAAAUUCGAGGUAGUAAAAUUUUUUUAAUACUUUAAUUUUUAAACAAUUUUUAAAAGUCAUUGUCUUUUUAAGGUAUUUCUUAAAGGUUGUGAUAUUCCACAUCGGAUUGGGAAAAUUGUUUUUGUUGCUAUAUAUGUAUGAGCUCCUCUUAACUAUGUGGACACGUUUUAAAUUCAUGAGGAUCCUUUGAGCCUAAAGUGGAUGAUAUCUACAUGGUUGGGAGCGAAUUGUUACAAAUGGUUACAAAGUUGAUUCCCGACCUCGGUGUGGGAGUUUGUUUGACCCCAUAAGGGAUGCGUGUUUGUUUUGCCUUGAAAUCCUAUGGGAUACAACGUGGACUUUAUGUCUGCAUAGAAGGGUGAUUGUGAUAUUCCACAUCCGAUGAGGUAAAAAGUUCAUGACUCUACAUAUGUAAAAACUCCUUUUGACUAUGUUGACACAUUUUAAAUUGUGAGGGUCCUUUGCGCUUAAAGCAAAUAAUAUCUACACAGUUGGACAUGAAUCGUUACAAAGAGUUCUUACAUUUUAUAUAGGAGUUAAUGUCAUUUUCUGUUUUCAAAAAUGGAAAACAAGAAGCGUAUCCAAACAACAACUAAAUUACUAAAAUUUUAUAGAGUUUAGAAGGGAAUUGUUUAUUGAAUGCUCAAAAUUAACACUUGAAGGAAAUGAUAAUGUGAUUCUUCUUGCAUCCCACUAUAUUAGCUUUUUAUCAGAUACAUUGCUGAUCGAUUUAAACUGCACACUGUUGCUAAAUGCACUUUCUAAACAACCCAUUAUGGACAAGGAUGAGGGAUGGUCGAACUCUAGUUGUAGUUAUGAAAACAUCUAACUGUAACCAUAUGUUAACAUGAUCAUUGGUUCAAUUGUAUAUGCAUAUGUGAACUGAAUUUUUGAUGGAAAAUCAUGUGCCUAAUUGAUGUAUAAUUCUCAAAAUUAAGUCAUCUUUUAGGUGAUUUGCUUUCAUAACUAUUGUAGUUUGAAAUGCAUGAAGUUUUCUAAUUGCAUUUCAGUUUUAAAAAAGUAAUUCUCAAGUCACUCAUGUUUUAGUUUACAAAAUCUCAGGUGUGGAGAUUUUCUACUUCUUACCUUGGUUUGCCUCUUAGGGCACUUCAUAACUCCUCUGUUGUGUGGGAUGCACUAGAGGAGAGAGAUAAAAGGAGAUUGAUUUCUUGGAAAAAAUAGUACUUAUUCGAAGGAGGAAGAUUAGUCCUUCUGUAGAGUACUCUUGAGUCUCCCAAUCUAUUUUAUGUCUUUCUUUGCAAUCCCUGGAAAAGUGAGGAUUUGAUUAGAGAAAAUUUAAAUAGACUUUUUUAUAGGGUGAUCUUGGGAAUAAGCAUGUAAAAAACUGUUCAAGUGUGCAAUCCUAUUUUGUAGUCUUAAUCUUAACAUAAAAAAGGCUUCUCAUCAUUGCUUUGACCACUCAUUCCUUGCCAACUACCUCCAGGAAAAGACUUGCAUCAUGCCUUUUGACUCACAUAAAUCCAUGAUUUGUAGUAGCUCCAAAUUUUGAACACUAUGUGCAGUGGAGCAUUGUGGAUGUUCUAGUGGGUACCUUGGAGGUGGAGCACAUCUAAUAGCUUGUUUGGGAUAGCUUCCUAUUUUUUAUUUUAGUUGGGAGUUGAGGCUAAGGUCACAAUUUUUAAAAGGGCAAUAUUGGUAUUGUAAAAUUUUAUUAUUAAAAUAAAGCUUCUAUAAGAAGCAACAUUUUUUUGACUUUUAUAUUAAAUUGUUUUUUAAGCCAUAAGCUCUUUGAACAAAAUUAGCCAAACAAGCAUAGAAGCUUUUAUUGCACUUAAAAAAGAGCUUUUAAUUUCUCAAAAGUUAUCCUAAACAAGACCUAAUAUUCUUUACAUUAGGUAAGUUAACUAUUUUUAAAUAAAACUUUAGUAAGGACAAGCAAAUAGCUGCACUAAAGAGAGGAGGCAAUUCGCUUGUCAAAAAACAUAGAUAAACUAGAAUAUCCAAGGAAGAGAAAACAAAAUUCAAAGAGGAGAUGCUUCCAACAAAAACUAAAUUGGAGGCCACACCCUACCUAGGAAUCUUCAUGAGUUGGCUGUUUUUGGGAAGAGAUGUUGCAUAUAAGGAGGUUUACAAGUGAAACAUUUUAUUUCAAUUGAAGAGAGGUUUCAUAAAAGGCUAUCGGUGUGGAAAAGAUAAUAUAUUUUUAUGGAGGGGACACUUGCAUUGAUUAGAAGUAUCUUGUCCAAUCUACCAAUCUAUUAGAUGUCCUUGCUUGUAAUCCCUAGAAAGGCCAAGUUGAUGUUAGAGAAGAUUUAAAAGGAUUUUCUCUGUGGACAUGAGACUCUGGAGAAAAAGCCUCAUUUAGUAAGAUGGUUUGUUGUUUGCAUGGAUAUGAAGAAUGGGAGAUUGGGUUGUACAAGUCUCUUUCUUCUAAAUCGAACUCUCCUUGGUAAGUGGAGUCGGGGAUAUGUUUCUAAAGGGGAUGGUUUUUGGAAGCAAAUUAUAAAGGGAAAGUAUGGGAAGGAGGAAGUGUGUUUGAUACUCUUGCAUGGUGAGAGAUGGUUACGGUGUUGGAGUAUGAAAAGCUAUAAGGAAGGAGUCUGAUAUUUUCGUUACUAGAACCAACCUCCUUUGAAGUAUAUAAUGGUAGGAGGGUUGAGUUUUGGAAGGACAAAUGGUGUGGAAAAAAGCCCUUGUGUAUUUCCUUCCUCUCCUUGUAUGCGAUGAUUGUCUCAGGAGGUUUGGGUGGCUGAUUUAUGGGAAGAUUCAGAAAUGCGGGAUCAUUAGAAUUUGUGCUUUUGUAGGCACUACAAUGAUUGGGAGCUGGACAUUGUUGAGACUUUCUUCUCUAGAUUGCUAGUGAAGUUAGUUAGGAGGAAAGAGAAUGAUAGGAUGAUCCGAAAGGAUUCUUAAAAGGGUGUGCUUUUGGUAAAGUCUUUCUAUUUGGUCUUGGAACUCGAGAGGUCAAUCCCCUUUCAAACAGAUGUCAUUUGUAAUCUGUGAGUCCCAUCCAAAGCGAGUUUUUUUGCUUGGGAAACUAGUUUUUGUGAAAGGGGGGGGGGGGGGGGGGGGGUUGUUUGACAUCAAAUCAGCUUUAGAAAAGAUGGUGGCCGCUAGUGAAUAGAUGUUUUCUUUGUAAAUUUGAGGGGGGACCUAUUGAUCAUAUUCUACUUCACUGUAUCAAGGCAAAGAUUCCAUAACAUUUUUUGUUCUCCUUAAUCGAUGUAGUUUAGGUGAUCCCUUCUUUGUUGAAAGAAACUCUGUUAAGUUGGUAUGAUUCCUUUGUAGGGAGGAAAAGAAAGAAGGCAUGGAGAGCACUCCUCUCUGCAUUUUUUGAACAAUUUUUUUGGGUACGAAAUUGAAGAGAAUUUGAAAAUGAGGAAAAGACUACUCAAAAGUUAAAACUUUCAUUCCGUUGCAAUCCCUCAGCUUGGGUUAGCAUGUCCUUAAGAAAAGACUCGAUGCCUUUGAUUGAUUUUGUACAUUGGGUGAGGUUUUUUGGUGGCUUCUUUUUUGAGGCCAUUCUUUUAGGUGCCUCUUGUACAAGUCCUAUGUACUUUGGGCUACUUUUUUGUUAUUAUAUGUUUUUUCAGUUAGGUCAUUGAUUAUUCCAGAAAGAACUGCUGGAAGCAUUAUUCCCUCAGCUUAUUAGAUUCACCUUGUGACCUGCCAAUGAUCCUCGAUUAGGUUCUUAUAUCCCAAAUAACUGACAGAAGCAUCGUUCUUUAGCUUGUUAGACUCACCUAGUGACCUGCCAAUGAUCCUAGAGAAGCCAUUCAAGUUUGGCCUCAUCAAAAUCUUAAGAGCACCAGAAACCAUAUGGUCAGGCAGAAGUAAAAUCUUCUGAACCCGAAUGAUCAUGAAGCAAUAGUUGUUUAUCUUGUAUAACAUUGGCUCGAUGAUCUAAUUGCAUGAACAUAUUUAUCCAAAAAAUCUCAGUAUCUCACAGCAGCUGGGUACUGAAGAGAAACCAAAAAUGACACAUUUGAAAAAACUAUUGAAAGCCAAUAUUGCAUACUAUGAAGAAUUACAGUAUUAUUUUAAGCCUAAAUCAUUUGAUACUUCUACUUCUCUAUCUCCUUGUAUCCGGAACUUCAUAAUAGGGAACAGGGGAACUAUUGUCAUGUCCCUAAAAGUGAUGAUUGAUGAAAACAUUUGUGUUCUUUGUAAUAGAGUAUGGCUCGCACAUGUAAGAUAAAGGGUCAAUUCUGAUAUAUGGCCAAUCUCCUGAAAUUUGGAACUGCAUUAAUUCUACUCCAGGUGAAGCAAAAUUUGACACAAUGUUCUUAUGGAGUUCUCACAUGGGAACCCGUGAAUCAUGAUCAUGAACUAUAAAUCUUUCUUCUUUAUGUAGAUUAUAUUUUCAUGUUUGAGAUUGCAGACAAUUUCUAUAUAUUUUUUUCAUUCAACUUAGCUCUUUAAGAGUUGCCAUCUAAGCUGACUUUUUUCAACUGUUUUUUGGUUGCAGGUAGAGAGAUGGAAUGAACAAAGGGAGAAUGGCACCUUUCCAGGUCCUCUGUAGAUGGUGCCCUU